AUGACUCUGCUCCCAGCAAAACUUCCCCCAGGCCGGCGGGCCCGGCAGAGACCACCCUUGAGCUCUAGAGAGAAGGGGCAAGAGGAUGGCGAGAGGCGGCACCGACAGCUCCUGGAGGCGGUCAGCUCCCUCUCCGGACGGAGGCGGCGGAAGCUGGCAGAGCGUACGGAGGCAAGCGUACAGGUGUCUGAGUUCAAUGUCAGCUGCAAAGGUGCUGGGGAGAAGCUGGUUCUGUCUGAGCUCCUGAAGCCCAUCCAUCCCAAAUCCGCCCUGAGCAGAGUGAAGAAAGAGCUGACCAGAGUGAAGCAGAAAAAGGCAGUGGAGCUGCCACUCAGCAAAGAGGAGGCAAAGCGGGUUGUGAGGGAAGCUGCCUACGUCGGGACCUCUAAAGACGUGGGAAAAUGGCAGCAGGUAGUUUUGCAGAACCGACGGGCAGAGCAGUUGGUUUUCCCUCUGAAGCAGGAGAUUGCUACGGUCGUCCCCCUGGAGCAAGUGGCUUCAGCGUGGAAGGCCCGAACUCCACUGGAGCAGGAGAUCUUUGGACUGCUCCACAAGACGAAGCAGCCCAUCACAGACCCACUCCUGACACCAGAGGAGACAGCCUCACUGCAGGCAAUGAGCUUGGAGGAGGCCCGGCAGCGGCGGGCAGAGCUGCAGAAGGCUCGGGCUGUGCAGUCCUACUACGAAGCCAAGGCUCGGCGAGAGAAGAGGAUCAAGAGCAAGAAGUACCAUCGCGUGCUGAAAAAAAGCAAGAGACGCAAAGCCUUAAAGGAGUUUGAGCUGCUGCAUAAGUCAGACCCUGAGGCCGCCUUGGCAAGGCUGGAGGAGCUGGAGCAGCUCAGGAUGCAGGAGCGGAUGAGCCUUAAGCAUCAGAACAAGGGAAAAUGGGCCCGUUCCAGGGCCAUUAUGGCUAAGUAUGACCUGGAGGCCCGCAAGGCCAUGCAGGAGCAGCUGGCCAGGAACAAGGAGUUGACGCAGAAGGUGCGGGUGGAGUUGCCUGAGGAGGAGCCAAGUGAUGUGCCUGAGGAGGACCUCACGUCGGUGACCGUCCCCACCAUCCCUGUGGGUGCCAGUGGAGCUAAUCCCUGGAUGCUGGGCAAGCCCAGCGGCCCAGCCAAGGAGCCUGAGGUGCAGGAGGGUCUUGAAGACGUUGCAGUGCCUGGUGCUGUGGAGAGCAAGGAGGAGAUGUCGGAGGAGGAGGAGAUGUCAGAGGAGGAAGUUAUGCUACAAAACUUUGCACAGAAACGGCACGCGCGGCAGCAGCGGGCAGGGAACCCUGAGGGACAAGGUGAGGAGCUCGUGGCCUCAGGCAGUGACAAUGAGACGGAGGUGGCUGCUGAACUGCCGGGGGACAGCCCCAUCCACCCCGUCUGUGCCGAGGAGCAGGCGAGCCUGGGGAUGGAGCAGCCUCCCCUGGCCCAGGAGGAGAUGCUGCUGUCGGAGCAGCUGGGCCGAGUGCGGACGAUGGAGGACGUUGAGGCUUUGGCCUCAGAGGAGCGUGUGGAAGCACAGGAGAAGCCAGCAGCCGCCAGAGCAGAGAAACGAGUGCUGCAGCAGGAGGAAGGCAGAGCUGGGGACAAGCGUGACAAGAAACCACCAGCUAAGAAGAAGAUCAUUAGCCUGCAGGCUGUGCUGGCUGGGAAGUCGCAAGAGGUCCAGUUCCCCAGCCUACCUGUGGUCGUGGAGGAGGAGGAGGGUGGCAUCGAUCAAAGAGGUGUGAUCACAGAGGCCUUUGCCGGGGACGACGUGGUCGCUGACUUCCGCCGGGAGAAGCGCAAGGCAGAGCAGGCUGGGAAGCCACAGCCGGUGAACCUGGUGCUGCCGGGCUGGGGCGAGUGGGGAGGCACGGGACUGAAGCCCAGCACCAAGAAAAUAAAACGGUUCCUGCUCAAGCCGCCCCCAGCGCCUCCCAGGAAGGACCAGCACUUGCCCAACGUCAUCAUGAGUGAGCAGCGCAACAUCCACGCGGCGGCACAUCAGGUCAGCGAGCUGCCCUACCCCUUUGAGAGGCACCAGCAGUUUGAGCAGAGCAUCCGGACCCCCGUGGGCUCCACCUGGAACACGCAGCGUGCCUUCCAGAAGCUGACUGCCCCCCGUGUCAUCACCCGAGCAGGCCACAUCAUCCAGCCCAUCUCUGCUGAGGAUAUCCCCGACGUGGCUACCACGCCUGGCAGUGGAGCCAAGCCAGCGCUAGAAAUUGAGCCCAAACAGCAAGAGCAGCCCUUUCAUCGCCCGUGCAAGAGAGCACGAUAG